AUAACUCUCCACCUUAGAUCAUCAACAAAGGACAGCGACGGCGACAACAACUCUGAAGGCGACGACGAGAACGGGGACGAGGACAAACACGACGACGACGGCUAUGAGGACGACAAAGAGGACUACGACGCAAUCGAGGUUGAUAUGAUUUUGGUGUUGAUUGCUUACAUGGUGAUCUAAGAAACAAAGGGGAAAUUGACAACUCUCGUCCAAGAAUAGCUCUGUAGAUUCGUAAAUUUUUUAUUUAAGGCCUUACUAAUUUUUGAUUUGGGAAAGCCUUCAUGUAUCUUAAAAAUUUAUGUUUCUUGUCAACCAUUCUUGACAUUUACUUGUUUAAAGAGAUCGUAUGAUGGUUUAAACUUAAAAGAGAAGUGUUAAUCCUUUCUGAAACUUCAGGAAGGCUUCUGUAUGGUUUAGAAACCCGUUCCUGAUCUGUAGUGUUUUAGGUAGGAUUUGGGAAAUAUUUAAACUAUUUAGUAAGGUCAUCCUAAAUUUAUUCCAUAGAUGAGAAAAGUGAGACAAAUAUCAUUGCAUACACUGAUAUUCUUUUUUUUUUUUUUUUCUAUUAUUAACAAGUCAAAUGGACGAUUCAUUUCCCUGUACUUACAUCACACUGCCUAAACUAUUUUAGGAAAUGGGAAAAGAACCAUAAGAUCAUUUCAAGUGCAUAGUCAAGUAUGCAAUCUACAUAUACAUCGAUCAAGUUAAAAAAACUUUCGGGCCUCAGCAGUUUAAGAAGAUUGAGAAUUUUUUUUUGGUGAUGUUUUGGAGUUCUCUUGAAGAAAGUUGUUUAUGUCACGGAAAGAUGAUCCACACCCUUUUGACAAAGUGAUGUAAGAGUUUACUCUACUUCAAAUCCUACACAUACUCAUAUCAUUGUAGUAUAUAGGUUUUAAUCCAAAUGGAUAAAGUAAACAAUCAAGAAUGCAAUAGACUAUCUAAUUCAAGCAAGCAAUGAUUAGGUAAAGUGAACUAUGAUACUAAUAUCUAAAGAGACUUCAAAUAAACUAAAGCAAGCAAAGCAAGACUAAGAAACUAAGGCAAGUUCGAAUUCAGACAAUCAAAAUAUUAGUAGGCUUGAGAUAGAGUAAUUGGUCAAAGAAGUCUUUCAGCUUAGCUAGUGAUGCUUAUAAACCCACAACAAGCUAUUCCUAGACAUAUAAUUAAUAGCUAU